CCAUCUGCCAUCAGGUCAUCGGAAUCUCACAAAAAGCAAGAAGGGACAAACGGAACGAUAGCCUAUGAAUUCGUUACAUUGUCGAAACAUCAUAACAAUUCUGUCUUGAAACGACGAAAGCAACUCCUGUCGAUUUUUCCCAGUGGUGUCAUGCUAAUUCCGGGACAUUAUUUAUUUCGUGUUUGGACUUUGGGUAUAAAGAGUGUUGGGAGCAGUUUGUCUUCUUGAUAGACACAUUUUCCUGCUAUAAUGGCUGAUGAGAUAGGAAUGGAGGCCGAUCCUCGCAUAAGUGUGGGUGGAAUAGAGGCUGAGACCGGUGAAUCAGGAGAUAUUCAAGAGCCACUCCAUCGUCCUCCACCAACCAUUGACGAUAUUGAAAUACCACCACCCCCUCCAGAAGAAGAUGUUGUCCCACCACCACUAGAGGAACAAUCACCCCCUCCACCAGUAUCUGGGGAACAGGCACCCCCUCCACCACUCUCAGAAGACACACCAGCUAUAAAGAUGCCCCAAGAGGAGGACACACCCCUUCCACCACCCAUCCAUGAGGACACACCCUCUGGCAAACCCCCUCAGAUGGAGUCUACUCCCGCUUUAACAUGCGGUGACCAUGGUGACUUGGAACCCAUUGAAGUUGAUGAAGUCCCUGUAGCACCUGAAGACCAACAGGUCAAGGAUCCCCAAGAUGUAUCAGAGGUUCACGAGGUAGGGGUAGACCAGUACCUUCCUACCAUUGACUGUGGAUCACCUCUUCCUCCAUACAAUGACAGUGGCGUAGAUGUUCCCUCUAUGUCUACUGCUGAUGCAUCGGUGCUGGAAGGGAAGGAACUUCAAAGCGAAAUUGAUGAAAUCCAAAUAGAAGCAGUUCCUGAUGAUGCAUCCAAUGGUAUCCACAACGCCAGCACACUCCCGUCCAAACGAUCAAUGGGAACCACCACACCGACCGCCAACCAGCACUCAAAGGUUACCGGCUACAUCGAGAUGUCCCCAGAGGAAACCAAAGCAGAGAUGACUCGGGUGUCAACGUAUCGAAGGGAAGCCGUGAUGUGGGUCACCAUUUUCCUUAUGCUAGCGGGAGCUAUCGCCGUCAUCUUCUACUUCACCUUCAACAUCGUAAAUCUCUCUGAUGCUUCACUUCCAGGUAAGUGAUAAUUCGUAAAAAAAAAUUUAAUUCACAUGAUUUUUGCCACUAUUAAUAAGC